AUGUUUUCUCAAUAUUCAAAAAAUCUUUCGGUUCGACCUAGAGAUUCUAUUUCUUCAGAAUCAUCACAGGGAACUGGAGCAGCUUUGUUUUUUUCAGUUCCUUCUUCACAACCAGAGGCAGAUAUCCUUGAAUCUAUAUCGUUGCAGACUUCACAAAUUCAAAACUACAAUCAAUAUGACGAAGAAGACGAGUAUCAAGGAUCUGAACCUGAAGCAGCAUUUUUAACAGAUGUCCCAAAUGAGAAUAGCCAAAAUAAGCAGACACCAGCAGACAUAUACAGGGACACACCCAUGCCUGUACCGAGAACUUCAAGUAAUUCUCUUAUUGAAGGACUUCUUCCCUCGACUUCGGUAAGUUUCCUGCAGCCUAUUGUCCCUUGCUAG